GGUGUCGUGUAUGUGAUGGUUGUUUUUAUGAGAGGAUGGGCCCUUAUUUAACACUGUCAUAAAAAAUAUAAAUGAAAAAACGUGCUCCUUUUGAUCUUGCUUUUUUUCACCAAAUAAAGUUAAAUGAUAUUAGGCAUUGGUGUCGAUAUACUUUAUUUACCGCGUAUCACCUCGCUUGCCAGUAGAAGAGGAAAGGAAAAACUAGCGAAAAGGAUCUUGAGUACAAAGGAAUUAAGUGAAUUCAACCAAUUGAAAUCUGUUCAUGAUCACAAUCACAUCAUGUAUUUAGCGACAAGGUGGUGUAUAAAGGAAGCAGUCUAUAAAGCAUUAUAUCCUAUACAUAAACUAGAAUGGAAACAAGUAACCGUGACCAAAACAGGAGGCAAACCAGUGCUGAUGAUUGAAAAUAGCUUACUCUAUGGUAUUCAACGGACACAUGUAUCUGUUUCGCAUGAUGGUGAUUAUGCUAUGGCUCAAGUUAUACUCGAAGGGCAAAAGUCCGCCUAAUUUCAUGAGUUAGUGGUCCUAAUAUGGGAACAUUCAAUAAUAUAUAUUAUACUUUUUCUUAUUAAUUGUAUUCCCCCUUUUCUCUUCUUCUUCUUUCUUUCUCUUUUUCUUCUUUUCUUAUAAUCCAAAAAUAUACAUGGAAAGAUUUGUUAUUCAGUAAAUAACAAAAACAACAAAAGGGCAACAAACGACAGCAAGAAGAGCAGCAGUAAAUAU